AUGCCCCGCGAAGAAAAGAAGAGAAAACGAAAGGAUAGCGAUUCGUCAGAAGAUGAACGCGUGAAACAUCGCCGGUCAAAGACUCCAUCUCCAUCACCGGCUAAAGAAAGACGCCAAGCCAAAAGCAGAUCGGCUUCACCAGCUGGAAAUGAAGGCGGCGGAGGAGGUGACUUCACCCUUUCCAUCGAGGAGACCAACAAAUUACGAGCACAGCUGGGAAUGGCUCCAUUGGAAACCGACGACACGCCAAAGAUUCGCGAUGCUGAGGACGGAAACUUGACCGACAAAAUCGUCAACGAGGAGGGAUUCGAGUUCCGACAUCGAAAGGCUGAAAAUUGGGGUGACAAGAAGAAAGAUGAGGGAAUCAAGGAGAAGAUUGAAGUCGCUAAAAAAAAACGAGAAAUCUACGCAAAAGUGCUCAAGUCAAAAGGCCUAGCCGAUGACAGCUCGGAUGAUGAAGCUACUGGAUGGGUUUCGAAGCAACGACAGCUCGAUGAAGAGCGAAAGAAGGCUGACGAAAGGGCCAAAAUGCUGGAUCAAAUGGAUGAAGAAUUUGGCGUUUCGUCGGUGAUCGAAGAGAAAAAGAAACAAGCCAAGAAAAAGGACAUCAAGAAGACAUCGCAAAAGGACAAAUCGCUAACUGGUGGCCUGAUUGUUGGCCAUAGCAAGGCUGAGUUUUUGAGUGGAGAAGACCAGGUGUUGGUCCUUGAAGAUAAAGGCGUUCUCGAUGAGGGAGACGAGGUCCUAGUCAAUCCAAAUAUUGUCGACAAAGAACGCACAAAUCGCAAUGUGGAACUGAAAAAAAGAAAGGGCAAAGAAAUGCAAGAGGACCAACUUGAUGAAUGGGGAAAUCCAAAAGAUCGUGGCCUUCUUGCAAAGUAUGACGACGAGUUGGAGGGACAACCUCGUGAAAGGUUCCGAUUGGAUGAAAGUGGACAGGUUGACAUUGAGCGAGAACGAGAUGAAGCCGAAAUGCGCAAACGUCUGAUGAUGGCUGGAAAAACGCUCGUUGAUUUGGAUGACAGCAACAAGUUCUCAAGAGCCAGCGAAUAUUACACACAGGAAGAGAUGAUUUCAUUCCGCAAAGUGAAAAAAGAAAAGAAAGACAAGAAGCUCCGAAAACGAGGCAAAGAAAAGGGAAUUCUCAAAGCCGACGAUUUGGAGCCAAUAGAACAAGGCGGAAGUAGUGAUCUUGGCACGAGGGGUCGCCGACGUCGACAAGACGAUGAAGAAGCAAUGGACACAACAAGCAAGCCUCGAAAAGCUGAACCACAGGCGGAAGAUGGAGAAAUCGAAGAUGAAACGCCUGAAGUUGACGGAAAAUGGCGCCGAACUCAGCAGCAGGCUGUUGACUUGGAUGCUCUAAAACGAGUGGUAGAACGGGAAAUGGAGGAGGAAGAAAGCGAUGAUGAUCUCAUUGUCGGUGUUGACCUUUCAAACGUUGUUUUGGAUUACGACGCUGAGAACGAAUUGCAAUCAGUUCUCGAAAAGGCUCGUCGUCUCAAGCAACAACCCACAAAGUCAAAUGAUAUCAAGAUGGAGAUAAAAGAAGAGGAAGAACCAAUGGAAGAAAAUGCAGAGGAUUUGGCUGCUGAUCCGGACGUUGUUAUGAUUGACUCAACAAUGGAAUAUUGUCGCAACAUUGGUGAGAUUCGAACACAUGGAUUUGCUGGCAAUCGAGAAGAUGCUAUCGAUUUCGAAUCUGAAGAACCGGUUGAAGUGAAGCCACCAAAGGUCGAAGAUGAAGAGAAAACCCGAGAAAAGAUUCGAAGAUUCAAGGAAGAGAAGAAACGUCGGCAACAAGUGGAGAAGGAAAUGCGUGGAGGUUGGACGGAGGCGUCGGUGAACCCCGAAGACCAAGAAGCCGAAGCCGAAGCCGGUCUUGAUGAUGAAGAUGAAGAAAUUUUGAGAGAGAUGAAAGAAUUCAAACGGUCUGGGAGCGACAGUGAAGAAGAUGACGGAGAAAAAGAAGAAGACGAUGUGCUUGGAGGUGAGAUUGAUGCGACAAAGGGGAUUGGUGCAAUGCUCAAACUGGCUGCAAAGAAAGGUUACUUGGAAGAUGCUAACAAGAAACGCAUCGCGGGUGAGAAUCUCGAUCACUUGAAGAGCAAAAACUUCUCGAAAGUUGAAAGUGCUAAAUAUGACAUCGAAGAAAAAUACACGAAAAAACUGGAGAAAAUGGGCACAACCGGUCGUGGUCCCACUCAAGAGUUCUGCGAGAAGAAACACUAUAAACCAGAAGUUGAUCUCAGCUACGUAGAUAAUCGCGGUCGUGAAUUGGAUCCAAAAGACGCGUUCCGAAUUAUGUCGUGGAAGUUUCACGGAAAGAUGCCUGGCAAGAAGCAACAAGAAAAACGCGCUCGUCAAAUCGAUCAAAAAGAACUUCUCAAAACUUAUGUCAGCAGCUCAGACACUCCACUUGGAACACUCAGCCGACAGCGAAAGAAGCAAGAACAGCUGCAAACUCCAUAUCUUGUUCUUUCUGGAAACACAAGCCAUCAAAACUUCAAGAAGGAC